GGACGUAAUCGGAGAGGAGAGGGGGAGGGCUGUGUAUUGUACCUGUAUCUGGACUCUCGGUGUUAGGAAGUGCCAGAGCGGGGCUGAGGGCACCACCAGCGGUACUGCCAGCCGAAUUCCACCCGGUGCCGAAUAGGGCAGUAACUGUGACCGUAUUACUGGGAGCUGUGUGUUCACUGUGGGCUUGGCUGUGUAACUGGCAUGAGGAGAUAGUGGGCACCUCACUGCCAGUGUAUGGAAUAACCUGUAACACGGGCUCUCACUGCUCGGGGUGACUGACUCCCGGGUGCUCUGCCGUGCUGUGUGCUGGAGGAUGCCAGGCUGGUGGAGUGUGUGCCUGGCGCUGGCUGCCCUCUCCCCGGGCUGCUCUGGGCACUCCCUGGAGUGGUUCACUGCUGUGCUCCGCACCGAGUACACCGACCCUUUCACCAACAUGACGGUGCUGAACACCACGGAGAGCGGCACCUACGGCGACCAUUCCCCGAAGGAGAGCGUGCGGGGCUGGGUGGGCUACCCGCGGGACCCAGAGCUAUUGGAAGGAUGCCACCCGGAUACCCAGUUCACGGUGCCCGGCAUGUCGCCGGCGGCCCUGGAGGCUGAGGAUGCCCAUCCCUGGAUUGCCCUGGUGGCCCGUGGAGGAUGCACAUUCAAGGAGAAAGUUUUCAUCGCUGCCCGCAGGAAGGCAUCCGCCGUGGUCAUCUAUAACGAUGUGAAGAGUGGCGAUGCCACCGUGCCUAUGUCACACCUAGGGAAAAAAACACAUGCAGUGACAGACAUCAGAGCAUGGAUUGUUGGAACAGGAAGCACAGUGGUGAUUAUGGUUUGGUAUACAAAAGCAAUGGAAAUAUUGGAGCCACUCAGAAGAGACAUACCUGUCAAGAUGGACAUCUCUGUGGGUACCCGCCAUGUCCAGGAGAUCAGUGGACAGUCUGUGGUGUUUGUGGCCAUCGCUUUCAUUACAAUGAUGAUCAUCUCGCUGGCCUGGUUAAUAUUCUACUACGUGCAGCGCUUCCUGUACACUGGAGCUCAGUAUGGAAAUCAGGCUAACCGCAAAGAAACCAAAAAGGCAAUCAGCCAACUUCAGUUGCACAGAGUAAAGAGAGGAGAAAAGGGAAUAGAUAUAGAUGCUGAAAAUUGCGCGGUGUGCAUUGAAAAUUACAAACCCAAAGAUGUUGUGCGAAUCCUGCCAUGCAAUCAUAUUUUCCAUCGGUUAUGUAUAGAUCCAUGGCUGCUUGAACACAGGACAUGUCCAAUGUGCAAACUAGAUGUCAUCAAAGCUCUUGGAUUUUGGGUGGAUCCUGAAGAAACACUGGACAUCCCCGUGCCUGAAUCCAUGGCAGGCAGCAGCCUCUCUGUUGGGACUUUAAGUGUUGCUCAGGAGGACAACAGGAGUGAAACAAACAACUUACCCAGUUACUCCACAGACGAUUCAUUAUCACAAUGUAACAGUGCCAAGGAAGACGCAGGGGAGACUACUGCACUGUUAGAUGACCCUUGCAAUGAAGAUAUACCAGAAGAGCAGCUACAGACCUCAGGAAGCCAUUCUUCUCAUUAACAUUCCUCAUGGUGGACAUUUUGGACUGCUUUAGAACUAAUUUUAGUUUUUAUUUCAUUGGUUUUAAGAAGCCAUGAAUGAAAGCUUUUGCUUGAGAAAUAAAAGAAAACUGACCCACAUUUGUUUUCUACUAAUAUAAAAUCCUUUGAUUGUGUGGUGGCGUUUGACAGUGGUCUUACUCAUUUUGAAGGUCUGGUGUGUUUUUCCAAGAACCAGUUCCACGUUAAUCUUGGAUCUGACAAUGGAUAUCUCUGUAUCAGAUAGUUUUGGAACUUCUUUCAGUUGGCCACAUAGUUUUUUUGUGUGUUUGUGUGUGCUUACCAAACAUUUGGAUGCCACUGUCUAAAGAAGUAGACCUUUUCAGCAAAUCAAAAACUGCUGGCGCUAGUUUUACUUUAUUUUAAAGUAAAUAUUAUCAGUGGUCAUUCUUUUGUGCUCUGCAUCACUGUACUAGAACUCUGAAAAUCAACACGAUCAACAAGGCACUUAUUUAAUGAAAAGGAUGGUGUGUGCAGAGGAAGAGGGUGCGUUCACAACUCCCUUCAUGAGAUACUCGCACACUACAGGACUUCAAUGAUUAAGCUGAUGUGUUUUUGUAGGACUCUAAAAUCCACUCAGGAAUCUGUCUGAUGAACCAGGUUCUAUUUACUUGGAUCCAUCUCAGGAAUCUGUGUGCGACGGUAGCAACGAACAAACUCCAUCCUUGAGGAUAGAACGCACAGCAGAAAGCUUUCUAGGAGGAUGGGCAUAACCCACAACUCUUGUAACCGUUUACCUGUUAGUUUGACCAAAGGCUGGUGAAUUUGUUUUAUUUUUUUUUCCUUUUGUGUUUACAAAUGUUAAAUAUAUUCAUACCUAAGCAAAUAUGUACGACAUUAUAUACUGCUCUGAACAUACCGUAUACAGAAGAUGAAAUUAAAAAGCCUUUUGAUGGGUUCUAAUAAAUCUAAA